AUGAUAAUUGAUAUUAAUAGUAAUGCAGCAGCAGCAGCAGAAGAUGAUGAUGAUGAUACGAAAGGGGUAGAAGAAUCAUCAGAUAAUACGAUGAAUAAUAUAACUCCAUCAUCAUUAUCAUCAGAGAGUGUUGGAGAAUGUAAUACUCAUGAUAAGAGUACAUCUUGUCGUGAUGAUGAUAAUGAUGAAUUGAUAGACGAAGAUAAGGAUGAGGAUACUAGUUGUGUCCAUCACAAUAUUACUACUACUACGAUGGUGGCGGAGAAGGAGGAGGCGUCUAGUAGUAAGCAACAGCUGCGAGUAGAGAAACGUAGAUUGAGAGGUAUUAAAGAUAGACUAAUAAAGCGACAACAGAACAUUAAACAUGUAAACAGUAAUGGUCAUGGUGGUCAUGGUCAUGGUGGUCAUGGUCAUGGUGGUGGUGAUUGUUGGGUGAAUAAUGAUAUUCAUCAUCAUCAUCUGGUUAUUGGGUCAUUUGGAAAACGAGAUGAUGAUGAUAAUAAGAAGGCUUCCCAAGGAAGAUUGAAUACCACCACCAUACAUCAUCAUCAUAGUAGCAGUAGUAAGAGGGCAGCAUUGAAGGCACAAGGGUAUAACGAUGAUUAUGAUGAUGAUGAUAGUAAAGAUAGAGUAGAUCCCAGACCAGGGAAGGUUGUUGUUGAUGGUGAUGAUGGUGAUGGUGAUGAUGAUGGUGAUGGUGGUGAUGAUGGGGAUAUGAUGGGUAAUAUAAAACAUGAGUUGGGGGGUUUAUCAUCAUCAUUGACUAUGCCGACACAAGAAGUCAUCUUUCCUACUCAAUCUAGCCCCACGAUUAUUGAAUCUACUCCACCUACUAUUACUAAUAUUAUUAUACAGGAGGAAGAGGAAGAGGAGGAGAAUAAAGUUGGUGGUGAUGAAUCUGAUGGUGAUGAUGAUGUGACCUAUGAUGAAUGGGAACAGCUUGAUAUGGAACUUGAUAAUAAUAAUACUAGUACAACACGAUUCAUACCUACUACUCAUGAGAAUAACAAUGGAUCACUCUUUCCUAGUACACUAGAUCAAAUGCUAAUAAAACAUCCUCUCCACAGAAAUACUAAUGAUGGUAAUGAUGAUGUUAUACCAUCUACAGUGGAGGUUCAUAAUGAUGAUGAUGAUGUUAUACCAUCUACAGUGGAGGUUCAUAAUGAUGAUGAUGAUGUUAUACCAUCUACAGUGGAGGUUCAUAAUGAUGAUGAUGAUGAUGUUAUACCAUCUACAGUGGAGGUUCAUAAUGAUGAUGAUGUUAUACCAUCUACAGUGGAGGUUCAUAAUGAUGAUGAUGAUGUUAUACCAUCUACAGUGGAGGUUCAUCAUGAUGAUGGUGAUGUUAUACCAUCUACAGUGGAGGUUCAUAAUGAUGAUGAUGAUGUUAUACCAUCUACAGUGGAGGUUCAUAAUGAUGAUGAUGUUAUACCAUCUACAGUGGAGGUUCAUAAUGAUGAUGAUGUUAUACCAUCUACAGUGGAGGUUCAUAAUGAUGAUGAUGUUAUACCAUCUACAGUGGAGGUUCAUAAUGAUGAUGAUGAUGUUAUACCAUCUACAGUGGAGGUUCAUAAUGAUGAUGGUGAUGAUGUUGAAGAUACGUUGGAGUCCGAGUGGGAUGAGUCCUUAUCAUCAUUAUCCUCUCCGCAUCGUCAUCUCUAUCAAGCCAAGAAGCCCCCGACGACGACGAAAGUGAUGACGAUUAUCGUCGACGAGUCCAAGCGUCAGAGGAAUCAAAAGGAGGCCAUCAUCAUCAUGGAGAAAAGUCCCCUAGUAGGUGCUGCUGGUGAUGGUAUUGUUGUUGUUGCUGUUGUUAUAUUGUUGCUUCUUACUAUCAUCAGAACCAUAUACAAAUGA